AAAAAAUAAAUAAGGAAAAUUAUGUAUUCGGAAGCUAGGCUAUACACACAUCAACUCAGUUUUAAAUCUUCAGAUGGUCGAAGUAGUAAUGGUGAAAUUUCAACGGGACUGGAUACAAAAAGUAUGGUUUUCGCCGCUUUCAUUUGUGGACAGUUUGGGCCAGUGCGGAGUGUGAAUAUGAAGAACAUUCUUGCUCGAUAUAUAAAAUAUGAGCAGAUUUACACGAAAAAUUUGAUAAAUAUGUGCGAAAUGAAGGUGUUUGGAAAGUUAGUAGGUAACGUGGAUGCUACUUCCUUUGCGCUUCAAAAGCCUGCACCAGUUGAUGGUCAGUGGGGAACCUGGGAAUCAUGGUCGCCAAUAUGCUACUGCAAUGCAACACGACCAAGAAGAAGAGCAUGUGAUAGCCCUAGCCCAUAUUUCUCCGGUCAGCCCUGUAUAGGGUCUGAUACUUCGUACAGAAAAUGUUCACCUGACGCCAAUUGUUCAAUACACAACGUUGCCCUGGGGAAAACUGCGUACAUGUCAUCAUUGUAUUUGUCGCACACAGCGGGUCUUGGAAUAGACGGGGAUUUUAGACAGAAUCCUGCAACAUGUUUUCACACUGAGUAUGACUAUCAACCUUGGUGGCUUGUAGACCUUCAUGAAGUUUAUUAUUUACAUCACAUCGUGAUGUAUGACUUCAUAACUAAUGCUACAAGAACAAGAAGCAUAGAGGUGGCUGCGGGACCUACAAAAUGUAACAUGGCUAGUAGAUAUUUCAAGUGUGGAGAGCCAAUGUUUCACAGCGUAAAAACAAUCGAUCUGUUAGGAACUGUUGCACGAUAUGUGAAAUUACAGAUGAUUGGCAUAAAAGAGUUCUUUCAUUUGUGUGAAGUAGAAAUAUAUGGACAGAAGUCCCGAGGAAAGAAGGUUGAAGAUAAUUGCGGAGAUCAAAGAAGCAUUGAUGGAAACUGGUCCACGUGGUCACCAUGGACCGCGUGUUCCGAAGAUUGUGGAACUGGAAAUAAGACCAGAACCCGUACUUGUACGGCACCAGUUCCUGCAAAUGGUGGCAAGUACUGUACUGAAGACGACACGGAUAUCAUAAGCUGUAGAGGAUCUGAAAACUGUCCAUAUUGUUCUGAGGAGUUUGGAAAAUGCUACAGCUUGUUCCCACAACUGACAAACUGGAGAUACGGAGGAGAAGCAUGUUGGCAUAGAGGGAUGAAGCUUGUAUCCAUCAGGUCCAAGGCUGAAUUAAAAUUCGUCAAAUCUCUACUCCGAGAGAACAGAUACAUUGACAACCAGCCUAUACCAGUUAAUGGAAAACUUGAGUUGCAUAUCAAUGCGAGUUAUUUCACACAUAUUGAGAAAGCGAUUCAUUCACUCCAAAGUAAUAUUGCAAAGCAAGAUGAUUUAAUCAGUUCACUCCAGGAGGAGGGAAAACGUCAAAAUGACCAAAUAAGAGCUCCAUUGAAACAAUUACAUGGCGAACCUAUCACAAACUUGUCAGAUUUCAACAUGGCCAUUGCCGAUGAACUCACUGACGAGAUACAAGAACAUAAGGAACAUUUCGCAAAACAACAUGACCAAGUUGAUACUCACCGUGAUCAGAAACAGCAGCCAGACCAGAAAGGACCUGGAAAACCAAGCCGACGUUCUAUGACUGGUGUACAGCCCGUCGCCUUUCAAGCAGUAGUAAGCCCAGACACGGUCUAUCACAUUGGACUUCAUCAGAAAAUAGUUUUUGAUUCUGUCCACCUAAACAUUGGCGGAGGGUUUCACAAUCUCAAUGGUGUCUUCAUUGCACCUAGAAAGGGAAUCUACCUCUUUGCUACCUCGAUUCUUUCUGAGGGCGACAGUAGUAUCGAUGUUAACAUUAUGAAAAAUGGCCAUACACUUGCUGGUGGUUUUGCCCAGACCUACGGUCAAGCAUCUAACGAUCAAGGGUCCGUAACAGCUGCUGCACAACUUAACGUCGGCGACGAAGUGUGGGUUGAAAACAGAUGGCUUUCAGAUACAAAACUCCGAGGCCAUGGCAGCCAUUCAAGCUUUACUGGUGUUCUUACACAACCAUGGAAGAGACUUAUAUCAGAUAACAAACUCCCACCCAAACACGUCAUAUGGGAUAACAACCCACAGAUAUGUCCAGGGAAGAGACUUAUACGAGAUAACAAGCCCCAAGAUAUGUCCAGGGAAGAGACCUAUAUUAGUAUGAGAUACCAAGCCCACAUACACGUCCAGGGAAGAGACUUAUACGAGAUAACAAGCUCCAAGACAUGUCCAGCGAAGAGACUUAUUGGAAAUAACAAGCCCAAACACACGUACAGGGAAAAGACCUAUAUUAGUAUGAGAUACCAAGCCCACAGACACGUCCAAGGAAGAGACUUAUACGAGAUAACAAGCCCCAAGAUAUGUCCAGGGAAGAGACCUAUAUUAGUAUGA